AUGGAUGUGAAGGUGAAGGCCAAGGAGAAGGAAGAAUUGAGAGCGAAGAUGGAAGUAAGAGCGAAAGUAGAACCAGCAGGCCCCGCUUCCUCCACCUCCACCUUCUCCAACUCGGCCUCCUCCACCGCAGCAGACGUCGAAUCCUUGUUCACCCACCAACAUCUCCUCGAGCAGGCCAUCCUCACAUGCGGUGCCCUCCCUCCCGAUCCGAACCCCCUCGUCGAAGCCUGGAUAAAUCUCGUACGAGACACAUAUCUCCAGAAUAUGUGCAGGCGCUGGAUCGCAAUGGGAAUCCAGAACAAGCCAUGCCUCAUCCACGGAAUGGACAUGCUCUGCAUGGCCUACUCCCCGCGUUUGGGAGGGGAGAUAAUCAAGCCUUUCAAACCGCUCACACGGUGGCUCAACCAGUGGCCGUCGUCGCUCACCUACAAGGGGGAUCUUGAUGAACGGCCUCCUCUUCACGGAAAGGGAGGCAUCCUAAAGGCAUGUGGUGUACAAUACUAUGGAGGUAAACAGCCGGUUUUCGACGUGUUACACGACGCGAGGGCGUUUAGAAAGGAGAUGAGGCUGCAGGAAAGGACGAUGACACAGAGGAAAUUGGUGAUGAGCAUAGUGGAGAAAAAGGUGGGCGCGAUGCGAGCGACUGUGCAGAGAGUAUGGAAGAAACGAUAUGACAAAGAGUCUGAGGUUGUGGAGAAGUAUCUGGAGCACGACCAGAGCGACGAUGGUGUGGCCAGGACUACGAGACCAGAAGUAGAGGGUCACGACAGCGAGAACCACAACAGCGAGAGCCACGAAAGCGAGGGCCACAACAGCGAAGGCUACGACAGCGAUAUCUAUGGCAUCGAGGGCAAUGACAGCGGAAACCAUGACAGUGAGGGCCACGGCAGCGAGGAUCGUCGGGGGCAUGGUCCAGAAGCUGGUGAUAGUGCCCUGUCUCCGGGGCAUGUUCCGGAAGUUGGUGAUAGUGGCCCGUCUCCAGACAGUCAAGACGAAGAGGUGACAUGGGCCGAGGUGGGCGGACAACUGUUUCUUGUCACAUCUGGAACUCCUUAG